AUGUUAUUACCAACCCUUUCGUUCUUAUUGAUCUUCGUCACAGCUUGUCCACCGCCCCUUAACAGCUUCAAAUAUCUAGCCAAUGAUACCCACACAACAUCACAGAUGAUCUCCAGCCUACUUCUAUCUAGAGACGAGUCUUCUUCACUAAGUCGCAGAUGGACUGAGAUUGUGACUAUGACCGGACAGCCCCGUACAGUGUGGCCCGAUGGGCUGGUCCGAUACUGUUACGAAGACGAAAAUGCCCGUAACAACUUCAAGGACGACAUUGACGCAGCCUGGAAACUCUGGGUGGAUAAGAUCGGAGAACCCGGUUGCCCAAGCGGUCACAUACUCCAUUUCAGGGAGUACAGAGUCAAAGAAGGAGUGUGGCCUUACUGCUACAACAAACGCGAAAAAGAUGACGACCCCUGGGUCUGGAACAAGCACGUCAAGAACGACAUCGCCGUUGUUGCUGAAUCCAAAGAUACCGAAACCCAAGCUUCCUCAGUCACAGGUUACAUACCAAAAGACUGGAGUGACGAGCAAGGUCGCCAUGGCAUCCAUCUCGGUCUCACAUUCAAGCAAAAAUACCCACCAGACUAUUGGAUCACAACCGUGGCCCACGAACUAGGCCACCUAUUCGGAUUCUGGCACGAGCACCAACGCGAAGACCGCAACGACUACGUCCACUUCGACUGUUCCAGACUGCGGGAUUAUGCCGCUGCGAAAGCGAAGGUCGAAGCAGCCAAGGAACAUACCAUGGAACAAGUCUGCGCCGACUACCGUCUAGCCCUCCAAUACGACUUCCCCGCUGUCCAAGACUACGAUACUAUUGACCAUAUCGCUCCUCUCCACCAAGGAGGUAUUGAGUUACCAUUGUAUAUCAACAACGACCUAGAGUUUGACGACGAAUCUAUCAUGCUGUAUACCUCUGCCGAGUUCGCAAACGAUGGAGCAGAUACAGACGACGUCUUACAAGUGCCACUGGCGUUCUGGAAAAACCGUGGUAUCGGCUUCGAUCGACCAAGCGAAGUCAAGAAAGAAGACCUAGAGAUCAUCGACGUGCGAUGGAAAGUCAGUGACGGAGAUGCAGACGGCGUUCGCCAUCUCUACCCUUAUGUCGAAUCGGACCAGGAGAUGGAGAAGAGAAACCAACCUGGCCGCCGUACUUGGAUAGAGUGGACGUCUGAGGUUAAUAGUAUGCUAUGAAUGAUCUAAUACCGAGGAGAAGUAUUAUGUAUUACAAAGAUAUGUAAAUGGCGAUACGUUCGUUCGGUCAACGAACAGCGCCAUAUCCGCGUAAAAGAGGAGUAGCAAGAUCUUGAGUGGGGUAUAUAGCGAACCGAAUGAAUCCAACCGGCUCAAUACGUCGCCGCGCAAGAUCGUCCAGUCCAUCGUGUACCGCAACGCCGGAGAUCCAGAGUCCAAAAUCCAAAACCCAAAAGGGGCGCGUAGUCCUAUAUAUCGUACAUAAUGUUACAGCGUAUUACAACAGGUUUGCGAGCGGAAGGGGGCUCGGCUCGUAACUGGAUCCAGAAUAACGCCUCGCUGAAAAAAGAAGGCCCAGAUCCCGUAGUAGUGAUGGUGUUACGUAUAUUACAGAUGACAUGUUCUCGUAAAACACGUCUCAGUCGCGUCCAUCGGUGAAGUUAACGCGUGCAGCUC